CCCAAAAAGGCAUAUAUUUGUUGAAAUGGAGAAAAGCAAAGGCCAUUGCUUGAUCAUGCCGGAUCAGCUUCAAGGCCACAUAAAUCCCAUGCUCCAAUUCUCCAAACGCUUAGCACAAAAGGGAGUCAAAAUCACACUCGCCGUCACACGCUACACCUUCAAAACCAUGCAGGACUUCUCAUGUGGUUCCAUUUCUGUGGAGACUAUCUCCGACGGAUACGACAACGGGUGGCGAGGCGACCUCAAUGACGACCUUCAGGAGUUCGUGGACCGCACGCGACAAGUCGGGACGAAGACAAUGGAGGAGCUCCUGGAGCGGCUGAGGGGAUCCGGCCAGCCAGUCGACUGCGUGGUCUACGGCCCCCUCAUUCCGUGGUGCCUCGAUGUUGCUAAGAAGUUUGGAUUGGUUGGAGUGGCUUUCUUCACUCAAUCGUGUGUGGUGACUAGCAUCUACCACCAUUUGUAUGAGGGGCGUAUUCGGCUGCCGUUUUUGGACGGUGGCGCUGUUCGUCUUGCUGGAUUGCCUGCUAUGGAACCGUCAGACAUGCCGUCGUUCAUGUAUGACGGGUCGUAUCCCUCUGGUUUGAAGCUGAUGUUGGAUCAGUUCGAGAACAUCGCGGAGGCGGAUUGCAUACUGGUCAAUAGCUUCUACGAGCUGGAAACAGAGGCGGAGGAGUGGAUGGCCGGGAUGGGGAAGGUUAGGACGAUCGGGCCGAGCAUACCUUCAGCGUACUUGGACAAGCGGAUGGCAGACGACAGAGUAUACGGUCUUAGCAUGUUGAAGCCGAGCAGGGACACUUGCAUAGAGUGGCUUGGGCGGCGUGCUCCGAGAUCCGUCGUUUACGUGUCAUUCGGUAGUAUGGCGGAGUUGGGAGCAGAGCAGAUGGGGGAAUUGGCGGAGGGGUUGAGACUAUCCGGCUAUUACUUCAUGUGGGUGGUUAGACCCACGGAGGAGUCCAAGCUUCCAGACGGUUUCUCUUCGGAGAAAGGGUUGGUGGUGGGGUGGUGCCCCCAGUUGGAGGUGUUGGCGGACGAGGCGGUGGGGUGCUUCGUCACGCACUGCGGGUGGAACUCGAUGCUCGAGGCAUUGAGCUUAGGAGUGCCGAUGGUGGGGAUGCCGCAGUGGAGCGAUCAAACCACCAACUCUAAGUUGAUGGCGGACGUGUGGGGGGUGGGGAUCCGGGCUCACCCCGACCAGAGAGGUGUAGUCGGGGGAGCCGAGAUAGUUCGUUGCGUGAAGCAUGUGAUGGAAGAUGGGGGAGGGGAAGAGAUGAGAAGAAGUGCAGAGAGAUGGAAGAGAUUAGCUACUGAGGCAGUUGAUGCAGGAGGCACAUCAGAUCAAAAUAUUGAGGAAUUUGUUGCUUCAAUUGUGGCUUCUGCAUAAUGAAACUGUAUUUAACUUUUUCUUUGUCUAAUAAGAUUGAAGAUCAAAAUAUAUUUCCUAGGAAGAAUAUCAUCGUUUUACUCAGAAAAAUGGC